AAUCGCCUGUAACAAGCCGCCCCUCCUCCUGUGACGUUCCACGCCGUACGUAACGUGUUGGGAAGUGCAGCCGCUCCCCACGUGUCUGCGUUAUGAGCAGUAUGGCUGCCGCCUGAGCUCUAUAUCGGCGCUGACACACCGGGGAAGAAAACUGAGCUCCUGGGCCUGGCAGACCCGGAAGAUGGCUGCCGUGAACUCCGAUCCCUGAAUCUGCACUUUGGGUCCUGUAGCUCAGCCACUGUGAAGGGAAACAUAGACUGUUGGAUUAUUCAGCGAUAGUAUGGAAAAUGAAGAUGACGAUCCAAUUAUACAGGAGAUUGAUGUGUUUUUGGCUAAAAGUUUGUCAGAAAAGCUUUAUUUAUUCCAGUACCCUAUACGCCCUGCAUCGAUGACAUAUGAUGGCGUCACUCAUUUAUCAGCAAGGAUUAAACCAAAGCAACAAAAGGUGGAAAUGGAAAUGGCCAUUAACACAGCGAGUCCAAAUUACUGCCGCAGCAAAGGAGAGCAGAUCGCCCUGAAUGUUGAUGGCACAUCUAACGAUGAAACAAGCACCUACUCAACGAAACUAAUGGACAAGCAGACAUUCACUUCCAUACAAGCUGCAAGCAACACCUCUCGCUAUGCAGUAGCUUUCUACCGGAAAGGUGAAGUUCAUGUGACUCCUCUUAAUGGAAUUCUGCAAAUGCGUCCCAGCUUUACCUACUUGGACAAAGCUGACACCAAGUUUAAAGAGAGGGAAGCAGCCAAUGAAGGUGGGGAUUCUUCUCAGGAUGAAGUGGAGGAGGAUGUAAAGCAAGUGACUGUGCGUUUCUCCCGGCCAGAAUCUGAACAAGCCAAGCAGCGCAGAGCUCAAUCCUAUGAAUUCCUGCAAAAGAAGCAGGCAGAGGAAACCUGGGUCCAUCUUCACUACUCUAGUGUUAAGGAUAGUCGCUCAGAACACGAGCGUCAGUAUUUGCUUUGCCAGAAUACCAGCGUGGCUGACAAUAUGGAACUCGUUAAAUCCUCAAGAGAGUAUCUAUCCAUGCUGAUGCCUCCAGAUGUUGUUGAAGAAAAGGAGAAGCCUGUAGCACCAAGCAACGUGCUCUCCAUGGCUCAGCUAAGAACCUUACCUUUGGCUGACCAGAUAAAGAUCCUAAUGAAAAAUGUUAAAGUUAUGCCGUUUGCAAACCUCAUGGGGCUGAUGGCUGCUGGAACAGAAUCUAUUAAUGUUCUCAGAUGUAUACAGCAAGUGGCCAUGCUGGUUCAGGGAAACUGGGUGGUAAAAAGUGAUGUAGUUUAUCCAAAGGACUCCUCUAGCCCUCAUAGUGGUGUGGCAGCAGAAGUGCUUUGUCGUGGGAGAGACUUUGUUAUGUGGAGCUUCACAAAGUCCCGCUGGGUCGUGAGGAAAGAAAUCGCAUCUGUGACAAAACUUUGCCAGGAAGAUGUAAAAGAUUUCUUGGAUCAUAUGUCCAUUCCACGGAUCAACAAAGGCUGGGAAUUUAUGUUGCCUUACGAUGAAGACUUUGUGAAAAAGCAUCCAGAUGUGGUCGAGAGGCAGAACAUGCUGUGGAAAGGCAUUGAAACGAAAUUAAAGAAAGUGUUUAGCAUAUCGAAUGAAGAUAUGAUGUCCAAGAAACCAGACACGUCCUCAGCUCCACCUGUAGUGAUACCUGGGGACCAGCUAGUUAAUAUUGCAAAAGCAAAGGCUACUGAGAACCAAGCUCAGCUGGAGAGGACCUUGCAGAAGAAGAAAGAGCAAAGCAAGCAAGUUUCUUCUACCAUUACGGUUCUAGCAGACGUUCAUAUUAAAGAAGAGCCGGUAAGCGAUGAGGAACCCAUGGACACCUCUACCUGUGACAGUCUGAACAACGGGAUGGUCAAUGGUAUUCAUAUGGAUGAGAGUUCCCGUGAGUCAGUGAAUGGUCACACCCCAAGAGGUGACGGAGAUCUGGUAACAAAAGAACUGAAGGAGUUUGUGGCUACAACAUUCAAUAAACAAUUUGUUUUGACCAUGCGAGAACUUAAACGUUUAUUUAAUCUACAUUUAGCCAGUCUUCCUCCUGGACAUAUUCUGUUUAGUGGCAUCUCGGAUAAAAUGCUGCAGGAUACGGUUCUAAAUACUGGAUGCAAACAGAUUCAGGUGCCUUUUCCUCCACAGAGCACAGCGACACCUGAGGAACAGAAAGUGUUUGCAUUGUGGGAAUGUGGAGACUCUCAUGACCAGCUCCGACAGGCGCUGCUCGAUUUAUUCUCAAAGGGACAUCGCUUGCGCAGGAACCUGAUCCAGACAAAGCUGACCCAGGAGUUUGGAGAUGCUCUCGAUAAACAACAGCUGGACAAGGUGUUAAAGGACUGUUGUGUAUGUUAUGGAGGAAUGUGGUAUCUUAAAGGAACAGUGCAGUCCUGAUACUACGGGAGAGACGACAAUUUAUCAGUAUAGUAGUCUGGGCCCAAGAGUGGCCAGUAACCAAUGGGAUUCUGAGGAGCCAAGCACAUGCACCAUUACACCACACUGGUUCAUGGCUACAGAACGCACCUACGACUGCAUGGCCUGGAGAAAGCGAAUCCUUCCAAGGCUGGUGACUGAUCACUUUGAUUGUCAACAUAUUUUCCUUUUAAAUAUAUAUAUAAAUAUUUUUGUUUUCUUUUUUGGAAAACCCAGUAAUAAACUGAAAUAAAGAAAUUACGUACAAGAGAAA